AUGCGGCACAAUGAGUUUUGGAGAGCCCUGGAGUACACCUGUCGAUUGCUGGGCAUCUCCACCGCAGCAGUGCUGAUCGGUGUGGGUGUAGAAACUCUGCAGCGAGGACAGUUCAAAAGCCUGGCUUUCUAUCUGCUUUUUUCAGGGGUUGCAGUUACUGUCUGUGAAGGCUUCUUCUUUAUCUGUUUGUUCCUGGAGAUGUGCUUCACGUAUGAGCCUGACUCCCUGGCACAGGCCUGCUGGAAGCGAGCUAGACGCCCAGGGAGCUUCCAGAAAUUCCUGGGGUACACACUCCUCUCAGUGGCUUGCUUUCUGCAUCCCAUCCUCGUCUGGCACGUCACCAUCCCUGGGUCCAUGCUAGUGCUCACUGCCCUGGCCUACUUCCUGCUGAGCAAGAGGAGGAAGAUCCCAGCACACAAGGAAGAGACUCAUCCGCAGGCAGGCCAGUAUGUGGACCCUUCAGCCACCGCAGCAGCCCCAACUGUCGCUGGUGACACUGAACAGACCUACACCUUCCAUGGGGCCCAGAGAGAGCAGCACCACUCACUGCUGGGCCACAUGAAGAGCAUCCUGAAGGGUAGCAAGGACAGGAACCCGACCCCAGCAGCUCCUGCCCAACCAGCAGCCCCACCAGCCCCACGCAAGCAAGUGCACUUCCAGGAGAAGGUGGUGCAGAUCAUCCCCUCUGUCAGUGAGAGCUUGGAGGAUGUGGAGAGUGAGACUGAAGAGACCACAUCGGACACAACACCCAUCCUCACCCCACCUGAUGCCCCUGUCAUCCUCGCUCCCCUCGGCUCCACAGGCCUCUUUUGA